AUGACUGCCACACCAAAUUUUUCAUUAGAUUAUUUAGCUGAUACUAUGAUCAGCAGAUUGGAUAGAGGAAGAAUCUUUCCACCACAUCUAAACAAUCCCGAAGAUCUAUUAUCAGUACCAUGUAAUCGUACCAACAAACCAACAAGACCACCAAACGGUUUUCUACUUUGUCGAAAAAAUGUCCAUCACCAAGCGAAGCAACAGGGAAUGUGCAACAUGCGUGUGAUUAGCAAAGUGACUGGCAUGCUUUGGAGAAGUGCAUCUCCUGAAGAAAAAGAAAUGUACGAAGAUUUAGCAAAUCAAGUUAGCGUUGUAUAUGCUCAACGUUACAAUGACACCUCAAUUCCUUCAUAUUUACGAAGUAUUCCUUCUGCCUAUAUGCCCUACACAAUUCAUCCGCCACACGCAACCAACAACUGUGCUCCUCCAGCGAUAACUUAUCAACACGAUCAAUCUUAUAUUAUAACCGAUUUUAUACAACAUCAUGGCCACGAAAUCGAUAAUCCAGAAAUUUAUAACUAUUUAAUUGGCAUUUACGGACUGCAAUAA